CUCAGUUGGAUGAAAAUAAAUAAGUUAUGUUAUAAUAAAUACGGAAUUUGGAAACUGUAAAAAAAUCAACAGAGGAAAAAGAAUGAAAAAUCACACAUCUGAAAAAUAAGAGAAACCAAAAAUCAAUUGAUUCGUUUAUUACUUCCUUUUAAACCACUGACGCAUCAUUAUGUUUAUAAAUAUUAAUAUUUUUCGUUCAAGAUCCCAAUAUGCAGAUAGCUUUCAUCCAUUUUGCUUCUUAUCUGAUUUGCGUGUAAAUGAACAGGACACUUUAAUCACAUAAGUGUCGAUCCUUUCAAGCUAGGUUUCUUUAUUAUAGCCAAAGUUCUCUGAUCUAGAUUUGAAUUACCUUUGCGAGUAUUUUGAAGCAUAAUGCUUCCAAUAUGCUCUCAGCAUGACUGCCAAAUGUUUCCGGACCAGGAUUUCAGGAUUUCAAAAACAACAGUUAAAUCAGUUAUAAUCGAGGUGCGUCUCAAAGUUGAAGUCUAUACCGCUCCAGAAAAUUGGAAUAAGUUCUUUUAACGGCGGUUGCCAAAGUCUAAACAACCUAUUCCAGACCUAACUCUUGAUUUUAUGCCAUAUGGUCUUUUAACCGAAUUUUGUGAUAUAAAUAAAAUUUACCCCAUUAAUUCACUGAAUGAAUUCGACUUCAGAUUGAAACGAAUAGACGGAAAAGAUAAACAAAAACCCAAAAUAAGGCUAGAAACUUCUAAACUUUUGCAAACAAAAAUAAUUAAAAUGUCGAAUUCGAUUUUUGAAGUUCAACGUAAUAAUUGAUUAUUAAAUUGCUUCAACGUUCCUUUUAUUCUUGUUUUCAUUAUAUAUCAUUCUUGAUUUCAUGGUAACUUUUUAUGAGCCUGCAUAGAAUCAUGGAGUUUAAACCUGAAAGAAAAUACUCCAGCAAAAUUUCGAACUCAUCCAACUCUUCUGAGCUUGGUUUUUAUACAAGCUGCGUUAUUAUCACCUGUGUUCUCCCGCUAGUUUGGCAAACUGGUUGCAUCGUCGGUGCUGAAAACAUCAAUAGCCCGUCCGAUCUCGAGCUGGUGUCCCGCUGUCCCGAGUGCUACUUGGAGCAAAACUUGUUCGAGAACAAAUCCAAAUUGCACCCCCCUCGGGGUCCUGGAGGGUCGGUCUUGAAGUUGAGCUGUUCCAUCGUCAUCAAGGAACUCAUGGACAUGAGUGUCAAAGAAGAGGUGCUGCACGUUAUGGCCUGGAUCCGACUCAUUUGGUGGGAUGUCCACACCACCUGGGAUCCCGAAGUUUACGGGAUCCGGGAGAUCCGACUGCCUCCAAGAGACCUCUGGGUUCCCGACAUGAUGCUAGGAAACUCCAUCACUACCUUCGAAAUCUACGAAGAAGACACUAACUUGCCGAUCAUCAUUGGAUUUGACGGGUUCCGUUACUGGAGUAUACCUUCGAUCAUCAAAACUAAAUGCAAAGCGGAUGUCGUUUAUUUCCCUUUUGACUUUCAAGUAUGUCGUAUUCAAAUGGGAUCCUGGACCUACCACAACAAGAUGCUAAACGUUGAUCUUUCACAGUUUGAAACUGGCCUGGAAGGUUAUGUAGGAAAUAUUGAAUGGGAAAUUGUUUAUGUAGAUUCAAAAGCAGUCACAAAGCCACCCUUAACGAAUCAUCCGCUCUACCCAAACGAGACUCUUUAUUACAAAGACAUUAUUUACAGUUUAGUUCUGAAAAGGAAACCCUACUUCUACGUGCAUAGUCUGAUAGUACCAUCUUUAUUGCUCGCUUGGCUUGGCUCGGUUAUUUUUCUGCUUCCGAACGAAUGUGGCGAGAAGUUAAGUUUUGCGACGACUCUGUUCCUCGCUUUGUACGUCAAUCAAGUCGUCGUCUCCGAAUUUCUCCCGCCGUCGGCCGAUUCUUAUCCCUUAAUCGCCAAGUUCUACACACUGAUAAGCGUAAUGCUGGGCACUUCGAUCUUUUUUACAGCGUCUACCCUCAUGUUACACUUUCGGCUUUUGCCUACGAUGCCACAAGAGUCGACCUUGGUGUAUAAGUUUUUACAUCAGCUUGAAAAACUGGGAAAGUUCUCAUUUUUUGUGAGCUUGAAAUGUAACCCAUGUUUUGGAGGUGAAAAUCGAACUUUUGACUUUUCGUCGAAAGGUCCGAUUUUGUCAAAUAAACACGAAAAUAGGACUGUAAAUGGAAACUUAACAAUAAACGACUACAUAGUAUAUAACGACCCGUAUCGAGACUCAAAAAGUGAACAUAAAAUGUAUACAAAACGAACAAUGACGACAAGCAAAGUCGAUAACCAACGAGGUCAAGUUUUGCUCACUCCAAAACUACUCGGUAAUCACGCCGAAAACAACAAUGACGUGAAAUAUGUUCAAGUUCACGGCAACAGUAGUUUGCCGUCUAAAGUGCAAUCGGAUUUUGAAGUUAACCAAAGUCUGAGCCCUCAAAUGACAAGAAACACUGAAAAAAUUACUGAAAGCUCCCAUGAACUCCCAGCCAAAAAGGUGCCGAGAAAAAAUGCUGUAGAACAGAAAGUCAUCACGAGUUGUUCACCAGUUGUCGAUGACAGUUUGCAAAAAAUAGUGAGCAAAUUGGAAAUUAUCGCAAAAGACGACUCGGCGGAAAUAGCUCUGAAAAGAUGGCGACUUAUAGCCGCGGGUUUUGACCGAAUUUUAUUUUUAAUUUACGUUCUGCAGCUGAGCGCCGUUUCUUUGUAUUUCGGGGUGCUCAUUUGGAACACAGAACUGCUUGUAGACGAAAGCGAAAUCCAAGCAGCUUUGAACGCUAGUGAACUCAGAUGAGAAAUGCGCAUGUGAUCAAAACAUUGCCAGUGGUAACCAAAUUCCAGGUCAUUAAGUUUUAAAUUCUUUCAAAAUCGCAAGCUAGAUGUCCUCGGAUUUAAAGCCAUCUGGAUGCUUUUAUAGAUAUUCAUUUAAAUAGUCGUCUAUCAUUUAAUUAAUGCGAAUGUUCUUAUCAGUUUUUUGUCUGACACGUAGCAGUUAUUUUCUCCAUGAAUGUGACUAAAAACCAAGAGGGUGUAAAAAAUACAUUGUAUUCCCGUUUUGAU